CCUCGCCAUUGUCGAUGGGGUCGUCACCGCCCAGCAUGGCAGGCUCCGCCCAUGCGGCGAUACCACGAGACUUACCGGGAUCCGUAGCCCCGUCGCUGUCUCACGGGUCCAACAGCUCGCGCAGCAGUACGCAUAGCUCGCACCGCAGCUCAGGACACGGCUCGCACCGGAGCCACGGCAGCAGUCGGAGCCAGACGUACCCGCCUAGCAGCUACCCCCCUCCUGUCAUCAUCCCAACCAGCUCCCUCGUCGAUUCCCCGCGAGGCACCCGGUCUUCCUCCUCCCAUAAAUCAAAGUCCCGGCAUGGCCACAAAGACUACGUACAAGUACCAGUCACCGUGCCCGGCUUUGACGUGAGGGGUCCGACCGGCGAACCUGUCCAAGUUUACCAAAGAUACUACCCUCAAUACCACCUCAGGCGAUAGACUCAGGCCAUCGCGCCUUCCAUGCCCCUUUUGACACUCUUGCAUGACGCAUGGACAUACACAUACGUACCGAACCGGCCAGAACGCACCUCUCGGAUCACUUUCUCCCUCACCUCUUGCGCCUCAGAUCUCUUGCUCCCUCGUGGAUUGGAGGAAUUAUGGAAAUACAUGGGUUCAAUAGUUGUACCGCUGUGGCUGUCUUCAUUAUACCUACUUAGUUACAUACAGCUGUGUAUCUUAGAGUCUCUUGGACGAAUGGAAUUUGUUGGUAGUCUUGACGC